CAUUACGAGAUUGGCUUGGCUUCUGUCGGAUGGACUCGGGGCCAGCUGCGGCGGGAGUGGGUAAGAAAAUAUUGCUAGAACUUGCGGGCGACGGGGAGUUGGGGAACCUGAGAAAGUAGGUCGAAGGCUCCUAAUUACUGGAUAUGUCUUCACGGGGGUGAUGAGCCCUCAGGUGUUGAGGGAGCGAGGACGGGGGACCGAAAAGGAAGCCACUGUCUUGAGACCCAUUCGUGGCACUCGUGCCCUGCCAGACCAGGCCUGCGUCUUCAGGGAAACAGUCGGGAUAACUAUGAGAGUGUCGCCUUUGUGGCGGUGGCCUCGAAGACUUUGAGCAACCACGGGCUGCGAGCAGGGAAAGCUGCUUCCAGUACCCAAGUUGACAGACUGUAUUUCCUCGCCUGAAAAAUUUACUUGAGCUUCAGUUUUUCCUGUUAAGUCGAGAUGAUCCGACUUCAGUGGGGUAUCAUGAGGGUAUAAAUGAAAACAUCUAUAGGAGGCCAGAUAACCAUGUCAGCCACAGUUGUAGAUGCAGUUAAUGCUGCACCCCUAUCGGGGUCCAAAGAAAUGAGUUUGGAAGAACCAAAGAAGAUGACCAGAGAGGACUGGAGAAAGAAGAAGGAGCUAGAAGAACAGCGAAAAUUGGGCAAUGCUCCUGCAGAAGUUGAUGAAGAAGGAAAAGACAUCAACCCCCAUAUUCCUCAGUAUAUUUCUUCAGUGCCAUGGUAUAUUGAUCCUUCAAAAAGACCUACUUUAAAACACCAGAGACCACAACCAGAAAAACAAAAGCAGUUCAGCUCAUCUGGAGAAUGGUACAAGAGGGGUGUAAAAGAGAAUUCCAUAAUUACUAAGUACCGCAAAGGAGCAUGUGAAAAUUGUGGGGCCAUGACACACAAAAAGAAAGACUGCUUUGAGAGACCUAGGCGAGUUGGAGCCAAAUUUACAGGUACUAAUAUAGCUCCAGAUGAACAUGUCCAGCCUCAACUGAUGUUUGACUAUGAUGGGAAGAGGGAUCGGUGGAAUGGCUACAAUCCAGAAGAACACAUGAAAAUUGUUGAAGAGUAUGCCAAAGUUGAUUUGGCAAAACGAACAUUGAAAGCCCAGAAACUCCAAGAGGAAUUAGCCUCAGGAAAAUUAGUGGAACAGGCUAAUUCUCCAAAACACCAGUGGGGAGAAGAGGAACCAAAUUCUCAGACGGAAAAAGAUCAUAAUAGUGAAGAUGAGGAUGAAGAUAAAUAUGCAGAUGAUAUUGACAUGCCUGGACAGAAUUUUGACUCCAAGAGACGAAUUACUGUCCGGAAUCUCAGGAUUCGAGAAGAUAUUGCAAAAUAUUUGAGGAAUUUAGAUCCAAAUUCUGCCUACUAUGAUCCAAAAACUAGAGCAAUGAGAGAGAAUCCUUAUGCCAAUGCAGGAAAGAAUCCAGAUGAAGUGAGUUAUGCUGGAGAUAACUUUGUUAGGUACACAGGAGAUACCAUUUCAAUGGCUCAGACACAGUUGUUUGCAUGGGAAGCCUAUGACAAGGGAUCUGAAGUGCAUCUACAGGCAGAUCCUACAAAGCUAGAGCUGUUGUAUAAGUCCUUCAAAGUCAAAAAAGAAGAUUUCAAAGAACAGCAGAAAGAAAGCAUCCUAGAAAAGUAUGGUGGCCAAGAACAUUUGGAUGCCCCUCCAGCUGAAUUGCUUUUAGCCCAGACUGAAGACUAUGUGGAGUACUCAAGACAUGGGACAGUCAUCAAAGGACAGGAGCGGGCUGUUGCCUGCUCUAAGUAUGAGGAGGAUGUGAAGAUCCACAAUCACACACAUAUCUGGGGAUCGUACUGGAAAGAAGGCCGAUGGGGAUACAAAUGCUGUCACUCUUUUUUCAAGUAUUCCUAUUGUACUGGAGAAGCUGGGAAGGAGAUUGUUAACUCUGAUGAAUGUAUUAUAAAUGAUAUAACUGGGGAAGAAUCUGUGAAAAAACCUCAAACCCUCAUGGAGCUGCAUCAAGAAAAACUGAAAGAGGAAAAGAAGAAGAAGAAAAAGAAAAAGAAGAAGCAUCGAAAGAGCAGUUCAGAUAGUGAUGAUGAAGAAAAGAAGCAUGAAAAAUUGAAAAAGGCACUGAACGCAGAGGAGGCCCGCCUUCUUCAUGUCAAGGAGACCAUGCAGAUUGAUGAGAGGAAGCGGCCUUACAAUAGCAUGUAUGAAACUCGGGAACCUACUGAAGAGGAAAUGGAGGCAUAUAGAAUGAAACGUCAGAGGCCAGAUGACCCCAUGGCCUCUUUCCUUGGACAGUAGUAACUAGUCAGAAGACCAUCCAAGAUAGAUGCAGCUGAUACAUUCUUUUUAGCUUCAUAUUGAUGAUUGUAGAUAGAAAAAUCCUUGUUUAUUCUUCUUGCUGCCUGGCUUUAAUAAAUAUUUCAGAUGCCUCACAGUAAGUUCACUCCUUUCCAUACUGAAGAAACAGAAAAGAAGAAGAGGCACAUGAAGUGUGCUUUUGGGAAUAGAAUUUAAAAUUGGAUUAAGAUUUUAUUUCCAGUUUGUUUUUUUUUUUUUGAGACGGAGUCUCGCUCUGUCGCCCAGGCUGGAGUGCAGUGGCGCGAUCUCGGCUCACUGCAAGCUCCGCCUCCCAGGUUCACACCAUUCUCCUGCCUCAGCCUCCCUAGUAGUUGGGACUACAGGCGCCCGCCACCAUGCCUGGCUAAUUUUUUGUAUUUUUAGUAGAGACAGGGUUUCAUCGUGUUAGCCAGGAUGGUCGAUCUUCUGACCUCGUGAUCCGCCCACCUUGGCCUCCCAAAGUGCUGAGAUUACAGGCAUGAGCCACUGCGCCCAGCCUAUUACCAGUUUUACGUGAGUCAUGUGUAAAAAGGCCUUGGCUCUCUACCUAUUAAGAAUGUCUCUUUCUCUACAUUUAUUAAGCUUCAAAUUUUAUUGCUUCGAUUUUUGUGGCCCUAUAUUUGGUAUUAGCACACCUUGGUUUUGAGAAAAAAAACAGGGCUUUGUUUUUUUUAAAAUAAUUACUAGCAACUCUGUGACUACAUUUAUUUUUAUUUUUUAUUUUUUUUAGAGAUAGGAUCUUGCUAUGUUGCCCAGGCUAGAGAGCAGUGGCUUUUCACAGACACAGUCAUAAUGCCCUGCAGUCUUGGGCUUAAGCGAUUUUCUCUCCUUGGCCUCUGGAGUAGACUAAAUGUGUUAGGUGUUAGUCUUUGAAUGGAAAACAACUAUUUUCUCACCAUUUGGUCAAUAUUGACUGAUCAGUAGUAGGUCUUUUACCAUUCUGGACAUAGGUCUAGAUGUAGAAAUCCUUUCCUUUAUCAUAGAGGAUAUGGUUUACGUUACCGUUUGUUUUCAUUGUGAUUGCCCCUAUGUAAAAAUCAUGAAUAUUAGAUUUUUUAAAUUGUAGAAUAUCCUAAUAUUUAUAGCCAGCAGCUGUUACUUUGUAAAAUUUGCAAAAAAACAAAACCUGAAGUUGGUUUAUUGAAAGAAUUAUAAGGAUAGCUUGUAGGGAUAUUAGUAAUAGAUUGCCAUGAUCCUGAAGCCUCUUCUCAGAACACUGUGAAGAUAAUACUGACAGAGUGGAAUCAGUGAAAACAACCUAACAAAACCUCUGAAUAUCAACUUUUAACAGCCCACUGGCUUUUCUAAACUACCAAAAACCACCUGUAGGAUACUGCAUUAAGUCAGCAUCUCAGAAAUGGUGGUGUGAGUAACUGAGUCAAAUUGUCAAAUACUUUGGAUAUACAUAGUGUCUAGCUUUAGAUUGGUAUGAAAUUAAACACCAAUGCAAAUAGAUUUAAUUCUUAUUUACUUUAAGAAUGAAAAACAAUGUUCAUUUUCCUACCCAAACAGGGUGGUUCAACAUAAAGGCUGAUGUUGUGUCUGUUUUGUAUUUUAUCUUUUGUUAAAGAUAUAUAAAUGACAAUACUUAACUGUGA